AUGCUAAGUCAAGCCUCCUCUUCAAUUCAGCUCUGUCUAUCUAUUAAUCAAAAUCCGACAGCGGACAAAAGAAUGCUGAACAGCUCUUUGUCAUUGACAAACAUGACGCCUUCGGGAAGCAGCAAGAGGCUUGUUCGCUUUUCUCAUUUGCCCACUCGUCGGUACAUCCAUUUGCUAAAUACAGUUCACCACAGAUCCAGUCUCUUUCGGCCCGGUGGCCGUCACGGUAGCAAUCGCGUAAUGGACAGACUGCCUUGUAAGGAGAUAAUCAAGGAAGCCUCCGCUCUGCCUCAUGCUACGGGAUCCCAUCUUCCAACAGUAGCAAACAGGGGCUGUCUUGAGAUCCUCCGGUUAAGUGAACACUUAUGCGCAAUCUGUGGUGUGACCUCGGCCCGAGCCAAAGGCGUGACAUAA